UGUAGGUAACGAACACGUGCAGUGCUUCUCGACAAUUUGCUACAAUGGAUUAUAAGUGUAAUUACAAGGCAAUAUAAAAGUUAUGAACAAUUAGAUAAUUUGACUACAUUUUGGGAGUCAAACGCCAAGAAUCAGACACGUACCUGGGAGUUUAUGUUGAUUUAGGAAUAGCAAAAGAAAGAACUUGAACGUUGGCAUAUUUAAGAAAUAACCGAUUCAAAUUUAAAUUUUAGGUGAAAAAUAAUUUGAGACCGCGACCCUAUUCCUUAUCGUGCAUUAGCAUGCGUUGUCUAAAUGCAAAUCCUAGAUGAUGUACCUAGUCAAAUGCCAGGUUGCCAACCGAAGGAAGUGGUGCGUCUAAAAUUAUAUGUCAUCAAGUUCGUUUGCAGCACCAGAUGAUGGGUUCCGCCGGAAAGCGUCAGGCGUGAUGGCGACAGUGUUACAACGCCAAAACCACUAUCGAGUUUGCACUGCUGUACACAAUGUAGCAAGCAAUCUUCAGCGACUUCCGACAUUAACAGAAAGCGGAGCGAAUUCAACUGGGCUCUACGGAGCUGACGCUUUGUGUGACGCAGGGAAAUGCGACAUUGCAGGGCCUUGGAUGUCACCUCAACCGUCAUCGCAACAUCGUUGCCGAUGUAACCGUAACAGCUGCGUCAGCAAUAGUACAAACUCGCGUUCAAACACAAGAGUCAAGCCUUUGCAACUAUUAUACCGUUUCUGUCUUCAUCGAAGCCCGCCCAGCGUACGUUGACAAAGAGAGGAGG